AUGAGAGACGGAACCAAUUCUAAAACCGACGAGCUCCUAACCAAACACGAUAACACCAAUCAUGAAAUUAACGGAAAUACUGCGUAUCCUGAAUCUACCAAAGAGAAAACUGCUACUCACCUUGAAAAUGAAAAUAAUAUUGCAAGGAAAAACAGUAAUGUUAAUACCCAUUCGACGAAACUUGAUAAAAUAAAUAAAUUAAAAGAAGAUCUACGACACGAAGAAGCUAAACUACUCCUAUUGCAGUUAAUUAAUCAAAGCCAAAAUAUAAAAGACUCGACCAACGACAGAUUCAGCAAUAAUACCAACAAUUCGGCGUUGUCAGAUAAUCGAUAUCAUGUAAAAGAGCGUGAUAGGAAACGUCCUAUUGCCAGUAAUGAGCUAUCUCACAGUGUUAGCAUGAACAAUAGAUUCAGUUCAUCGGUAGAUUAUAGCAGUAAUUCCAAUGUCAUGCCGCUACUGCCUAAAAGAACUAAAUUAAUGGAUAUAGGCUCGCCAACGAGCUCAACAAAUCUUGAAAGUAAUCAAAAUAUCAAUACUGCAUUAGUUAACACAUCGUAUCCACCAAAAAUUAUUUAUGUAGGUUCCAUUAAUCCAAUACAAUCCUCGACAUUAACACGGUCUGGUCUACCGCCUGAGCUGAAAACUGCUUCGACCACAACUAACAAUACUAGAGUAAUUACAACUAAUAAACGAGCCCAAAAGGUGGCUUUACGUCAACAAUUAGAUAACUUAUUACGACAAUUACCAAAACCAGAGCCAUAUUCGCAACCGUGGAAAGUUAUUCCUAACGGUUCUAAUAGCAGGUUUAGUAUGCUACUUGGACUGGAGUUAGUCGCUGAACGCGUCACUAAAACCGAUUCAACAUCAAAAAGCAUUAGUAAAUCAUCAGAUGCAACCCAUCUCGCUUGUGCAGAUUGCAAGACUGACUGUACUUCUAUGUGGAACUUGUUAAAUGACGACGAUGGAAAUAUUAAGUUAUUAUGUAUAGAGUGUGUCACAAAGACCAGAACAAAGUCGUCUUUAGAAAAUUACAAGGCUAUUUUAGAUGAGAUUAUUACGAAAUCGAAAGAAGUUGAGAAAGGCCUGGCAAAUAAUGAACCAUCGGGCAGUCAUAGUGGGGCGGCCACAUCGCAAGUUACUGCGAGUAUCAGUGGACAAGAUGCAACGAUCACAAAUUCUACACCAAUAUUACAUACGUCUCAAUAUCAACAACAUGGCUAUCGCCCACAAGCUGAUUAUAUAUAUCAAGUGCCUCAAAGCAGCUAUGUUCCUUUCAAUCCUGUAACACAACACUUUCGUCAUCCGCAUCUAGCAUCAUUGUCAACUCAAAGUUUCGUGAAUGCCCAACAGAGCUUAGAACGAAGACAAAGGGAACAUUUGCUUAACAUGAUACAGCGCCCUGUUCCAUUAGAAUGGAAUUAA